AUGAGUCAUCUUAACCCAGGUCCACCACGAGCACGCGGGCCAGCGCCAACCGUUUUUUGCUACAUUUGUGGACGACAAUUUGGAUCGAAAAGUAUCGCCAUUCAUGAGCCUCAAUGCCUUCAAAAAUGGCAAAUGGAGAACGAGAAAUUGCCAAAAAGUAAAAGGAGACCAGCACCAGUCAAACCGGAAGCUGUCAUUGUUGGCGGAUCUGUCGAUUAUGCGGCGACGAAUGAAGCUAAUUGGAAAGCGUCUCAAGGAGCGAUGGUUGAAUGUGAGCAUUGUGGAAGAAAAUUCAGGGAUGAUCGACUCGAAGUUCAUCAACGAAGCUGCACCGCUCACAAUCCAGCGAAACGAGUCGCUGGGAAAAGUGUUGAAAGGAAAAUUGUUGGGAAAGCU